AUGAUUUUAGGUUCUGAUCCAGAGACGAUUCUUCCCACAACAAUAGACUCACGAUAUGAGAGUAUAUUAACAUCCAAGAUUCUUCACUUGGGAGGUCGCCAUCGCAUCAAUUAUGACAUGGACCGAGACAUGCUGUGGAGAUGGGAUCAAGUGCUCAAGACACACCCAAAUGGGAUUAGGUUCAGUGCCUUUGACGAGGAGGGCGAUCUGUUGGCUACGAAUGAGUAUUUCAGCGUGGGAGGCGGCUUCGUCGUGAAUGAGAAGACGAAAGUGGAUGAGAAUCUUUUCUACAAGGGCGUAGACAAGAAUGACGUUCACGGUGCCCGAUUACAACAAACGCACUCACUUUCCGACCCAACGCCGAUCGCUGGCCCAGCGCUUGAAGGUUCCGAGAACAUCCCCAUAUCAAACAAUGCUCAAGGGCCUCCUUUUCCCUUUGAGUCUGGUAGCAGUUUGCUAGCAUUGACCAAGAAGCAUAAUAUGACAAUAGCACAGGUCGUAUACGAUAAUGAGAAGAGUUUUGGCUAUACAGAUGAUGAUAUCCACGCGAAGAUAUUUCGAAUCUGGUCCGUUAUGGAUGAAUGCAUCCUGACCGGGGUUUCGACGCAUGCCACCACCCUCCCGGGGCGGUUAGGUUUGCGGAGGCGAGCUCCCACAUUGUACAGACGCCUUAUGCGAGGCUUCUAUCCUACUGUUGGUCCCUCUUCCAACCUAGGAAGAAUUGAAGCCGGAUCAAAUACGGCCAUGGAACUUAUUGAUCGUCCUGUGUUGUCUUCAAGCGAGGACCAGGAGAGUUUCAAUACUAUUGCUAGCACUGCACCUGAUACUCCCAGACGGAGCGCGAGCAGAUUUACACGGGUUGUAGGAUCCUUUGACCAUCCCCUCCUACCUCAUCCCCCGAGGAAAACCGUGAUCCCGGCUAUGGAUUUCCUCUCUUGUUAUGCUAUCGCAGUCAACGAAGUCAAUGCCAGUGGAGGUAGAAUUGUUACUUCACCUACAAACGGUGCCGCGGGUGUAAUUCCGGCUGUCUUAAAAUACAUCAUUGAGUUUGUCAGCGAUGAUCCUGAGAAGAGCGUCAUGACAUUCCUCUUGACUGCUGCUGCAAUUGGUAUGCUAUUUAAAAGAGGAAGCACUAUAUCUGCUGCCGAAGGUGGUUGCCAAGCUGAAGUAGGUGUUGCUUGCUCGAUGGCUAGUGCUGGAUUCGCGGCUUGCAUGGGAGCUUCUCCCGAGACGGUUUUACAGGCAGCUGAAAUUGGCAUUGAACAUAAUCUAGGACUCACUUGCGAUCCUAUUGAUGGGCUGGUGCAAGUUCCAUGCAUCGAAAGGAAUAGCUUGGGUGCUGUCAAAGCGAUCACAGCUGCUCAACUCUCACUGGCGUCGGAGGGUGUUUACAGCGUCACACUUGACGAAGCUAUCGAAGCUAUGAGGUUGACGGCAGCUGAUAUGAGUGUGAAGUACAAGGAGACGAGUCUUUCUGGACUUGCGACGAGCGUCAGGAUUCCACUGACGGUUCCAGCUUGGUAG